AUGCUGGAUGACUCGGGAACAACCGCUCCUGGUCAUCAUCCGUCGGUCACGGGGUGGUGCAUAGUCUCCGCUGCCUACAUUUUGCUCUUACCCCUCAAGCAGCGAUCAUCCCGUUCGAGCCGAAGUUUAACGAUCCACCCACUUACUCAAUUGGGUAAAGAUAUUGUAUUGGGCUUCAAGUUCGGUUGCACACGGAGUUUUCUUGCGGUUGGUCAAGAUUCUUCAAGUGCUCAGUACUCUCCUCUGUCGCUUCAGCCCGGACCAGUUCAUAUGGCUGCAGUUCUUGCAUAUAGACCAGAUGCUAUUGCUGAAAUCUAUGCCCCCAGCAACAGUCGGCGUAUUGCCUACCUAUCAAUGCAAUCAGUCAUGGUGGUGGUCGGUGCUUUUGGGGAUCGAGCCAGUGACGGCAAUGGAGCUGGCACAUAG